AUGUGGGCAGGCUUGGGCCCUGCCAUCACACUGGCUGUGGUGUGGGCGGCGGCAUGGGCCACCCAGCUCAAGCCCACAGCGCCACCCAUCUUUACAGGCCGACCCUUUGUGGUAGCAUGGGACGUGCCCACACAAGAUUGUGGCCCUCGCCUCAAGGUGCCACUGGACCUAAAGGCCUUUGAUGUACAGGCCUCACCUAAUGAGGGUUUUGUGAACCAGAACAUCACCAUUUUCUACCAUGACCGGCUGGGCCUGUAUCCCCGCUUCAGUUCAGUGGGGAGGUCAGUGCACGGUGGCGUGCCACAGAAUGGCAGCCUCUGGGCACAUCUGAAGAUGCUGCAGGAACACGUGGAGCACUACAUUCGUACACAGGAGCCUGCAGGGCUGGCAGUUAUCGACUGGGAGGACUGGCGGCCUGUGUGGGUGCGCAACUGGCAGGACAAGGACAUAUACCGUCAAUCAUCACGCCAGUUGGUGGCUGUUCGCCACCCUGACUGGCCAUCAGAUCGUGUAGUCAAGCAGGCGCAAUACGAGUUUGAAUUCGCUGCACGGCAGUUCAUGCUGGAGACACUGCGCUUUGUCAAGGCAGUUCGGCCUCGGCACCUCUGGGGCUUCUACCUCUUCCCAGACUGUUAUAACCAUGAUUAUGUGCAGAACUGGGAGACCUAUACAGGCCGCUGCCCUGACGUUGAGGUCUCCCGAAAUGACCAGCUGGCCUGGCUGUGGGCAGAGAGCACAGCCCUCUUCCCCUCUGUCUACCUGGACGAGACACUUGCGUCCUCCACCCACGGCCGCAACUUUGUCAGCUUCCGUGUUCAGGAGGCCCUUCGUGUGGCUCACACCCACCACCCCAACCACGCACUCCCGGUCUACGUCUUCACGCGACCCACCUAUAGUCGCAAGCUCACGGGGCUUAGUGAGAUGGAUCUCAUCUCCACCAUUGGUGAGAGUGCAGCCCUGGGUGCGGCCGGUGUCAUCCUCUGGGGCGAUGCAGGCUACACCACCAGCACGGUUUCACUAGAACCACCCUGUGCCAUGGCAGUCCACCUGCUUCCCAUCUACGCCCUCUUCCUGACCUUGCUGGACAAAACCCAAGGCUCCAGGAGCCCCAUGGUACCCAACCAGCCCUUCACCACCAUCUGGAAUGCAAACACCCAGUGGUGCCUGGAAAAAUACGGCGUGGACGUGGACGUCAGUGUCUUUGAUGUGGUGGCCAACCCGGGGCAGACCUUCCGCGGCCCUGACAUGACCAUUUUCUACAGCUACCAGCUGGGCACCUACCCCUACUACACGUCUGCCGGGGAGCCUGUGUUUGGUGGGCUGCCCCAGAAUGCCAGCCUGGAUACCCACCUGGCCCACUCAUUCCAGGACAUCCUGGCUGCCAUCCCUGCGUCUGACUUCUCAGGGCUGGCAGUCAUCGAUUGGGAGGCAUGGCGCCCACGCUGGGCCUUCAACUGGGACGCCAAAGACAUUUAUCGGCAGCGCUCACGGUCACUGGUGCAGGCGCAGCAUCCUGACUGGCCAGCUCCUUGGGUGGAGGCCGCAGCUCGGGACCAGUUCCAGGAGGCUGCACAGGCCUGGAUGGCAGGCACCCUCAAGCUGGGGCAAGCACUGAGGCCUCGUGGCCUCUGGGGCUUCUAUGGCUUCCCUGACUGCUAUAACUAUGACUUUCUAAGCCCCAACUAUACAGGCCAGUGCCCCCCGGGUAUCUGUGCCCAGAAUGACCAGCUGGGGUGGCUGUGGGGUCAGAGCCGUGCCCUCUACCCCAGCAUCUACAUGCCUACAGAGCUAGAGGGCACAGGGAAGGGACAGGUGUAUGUGAGGCACCGUGUAGGUGAAGCAUUCCGUGUGGCUGUGGGUGCUGGGGACCCUGAUCUGCCAGUGCUGCCCUAUGCCCAGAUCUUCUACGACGGGACGAACCGCUCUCUGCCCUUGGACGAGCUGGAGCACAGCCUGGGGGAAAGUGCAGCCCAGGGGGCAGCAGGAGUGGUACUCUGGGUGAGCUGGGAAAACACAAGAACUAAGGAAUCAUGCCAGGCCAUCAAGGAGUAUGUGGACACCACACUGGGGCCCUUUGUCCUCAACGUGACCAGCGGGGCUCUUCUGUGCAGUCAAGCCCUAUGCUCAGGCCAUGGUCGCUGUGCCAGGCGCCCCAGCCACCCUGAGGCCCUCCUCAUCCUCAACCCCACCAGUUUCUCCAUCCAGCCCACACCUGGUGGCGGGCCCCUGACCCUACAAGGUGCCCUCUCACUUGAGGAUCGGAUGCAGAUGGCUGUGGAGUUCAAAUGUCGCUGCUACCGUGGCUGGAAGGGAGCAUGGUGUGAGAAACAAGGCACGUGGUAAUUGGCCACGAACUAGGAUACACGCAUUGAACAUCUUGUUGACAUUAAAAAUAAAAGUUAUUUUACCAGCAAAAA